GGAACACUCACUGUUCCUACACAACACAACAACAGCCCUGCAGAGAUUGUGGCGAUAUACGAAGUUACUCCUCUUUAAAAAAUGACGUCUGAGGAAUGCACGAUCUGCAACAAAUUCAUGAGGAAACGGCCAGUCGCCACAAGGUCUGAGACAUUGCGUCAAAGGGUUAGCCGCCACCACAUAAACACCUUCUCGUGGCCCGCCUUGCUAGAUUCAGCAGCGGCAUGCUAUUGUUGCAAAAUCCUGCUGACUGGUUGCCGUGCGUGCUUUCUUCAACACGGCAUCAACGAGGCAGAGAUCAUGCACGGCAAGCUUCGCUUCUACUACCCCACGUCGAUUGAUUACGCCGACACCGAGGAAAUUGGCAAAGAGCUGAUAUUUUUCAUGCGAGAUGGCUCACGAUUUGAUGUCGAGAUGUUCAUCGACGCAGAGGACGAGAACCCCCUUCCGCAGGCCUGGGACCGUAUGCCCGCGUCGCGCAGAACUUCACCACGCACAGAUUCGAUAGAGGCUCUCGCGACCAUCAAGGGGUGGAUCGCCGAGUGUACCACUGAACACGACUUUUGCGAAUCCCCAGAAGAAGAGCCACAGCUCCCAACAAGGGUCCUCGAUGUCGGCCUCGAGGACGGCGUGGUGAAGCUGGCUGAGACCAAAGGUGCCAGGGCCAAGUACAUCUGUCUCAGCCAUUGUUGGGGCCUUGACCAGAUCAUCACCACAACCAAGUGCACCCUGCAGCCUCAUAAGAGAGAAGUGCCCUGGGAUGCCCUGUCGACGACCUUUCGCGAUGCUAUCCACCUAACGAGAACACUUGGGUACAGGUACAUCUGGAUUGAUUCCCUCUGCAUCGUCCAAGACGACGAAGACGACUGGGCCGUGGAAUCAGCCAGGAUGGCCACCGUGUACAGCAACGGCGCCCUGACCAUCGCCGCCACCAAAUCACCCAACGGCCAAGGCGGUAUCUUCUCGCAGACGCAGGAUACCCUAGUGUCAGGCCAGACCCCGGCCGGCGAGGGUUACCGCGUCUUCUUCCGCGAGCUCAUCGACCACCAUCUCGAGUCCCAAGAGGAAAUUGAGGGAGAUGACACGCUCGCGUCUAACCCCACCUCACGAUACUUCCCUCUGCUCACCAGGGCCUGGGUAUACCAGGAGCGCAUGCUCUCCACGCGCGUGGUUCACUUUGGGAAGUAUGAGGUCUGC